GCGGGCCCGCAGGUGUUCCGGUGCGCGGCGGCGCGGGGCAGCGAGCUCUGCCAGACGGCGCUGAGCCUGCACGGCCGCUUCCGCCUGCUGGGCAACCCGCGCCGCAACGACCUGUCGCUGCGCGUCGAGCGCCUCACCCUGGCCGACGACAGCCGAUACUUCUGCCGCGUCGAGUUCGCCGGCGACGUCCACGACCGCUACGAGAGCCGCCACGGCAUCCGGCUCCGCGUGACUGCCGCCCCGCGGAUCGUCAACCUCUCGGUGCUGCCCGGCCCUGCGCACGCCUUCCGCGCGCUCUGCACGGCCGAGGGGGAGCCGCCGCCCGUCCUAGACUGGUCCGGCCCGGCCCUGGACAACGGCUCGGCCGCCGUGCAGGGCCCGGGUCACGGCCACCAGGUGACCGCCGAGCUGCCCGCGCUGGCCCACGACGGCCGCUACACGUGUACGGCCUCCAACAGCCUGGGCCGCGCGGAGGCCAGCGUCUACUUGUUCCGAUUCCACGGCGCCUCCGGGGCCUCGGCGUUCGCCCUCCCGCUCGGCGCGCUCGGCCUCAAGGCGCUGCUGCUGCUCGGCGUUCUGGCCGCCCGCGCCGCCGCCCGCCGCCGCCUAGAGCACCCAGUCGCUCAGGACAGCCCACCACGGCCCCAAGCUCAGGAGUCCAACUAUGAGAAUUUGAGCCAGAUGAGUCCUCGGGACCCACCAGCAGCCACACGUUUACCGUGAGGAGCUCUUUGGCCACUGGCAUCCUCCUGUACAGCAUGAGGAGCGAAGGCCAACACCAGGCUUGGCUGGGACAGCCCUUCCUGGCUCCCAGCCACCUUGGCAGCCCCUUGCCGGGCGACUCCCGCAAAGGGUGUCCAGACCUCAUUCACCAGAGGCUCUGUGGUCUCCUACAUGGAUGUCUGUCCCAGGCCCCAUGUAUGUCAGUGAGACCAGAGUUUUGAAAGAAUGUGUAUGUAUGUGCACAUGUGUGUGCACAUGUGUGCAUGUGUGCAUGAACUCCAGCAUGAAAUUUACAGAAUGCCAUCAUGAAACGGGCAAGACACUGGUCAGAGGGCCUCCCAGGCCCUGACUUUCUGUGUCAACCAGGGCACUUUUGUUACCUCUCUGAGGCUGUCCACUCUUAAACACAGACAGUAAUCUUCCCUCCUGGCUGCUAGGAUGAUCAAGAUCUGAAGAAAUAAUGGAUGUGAAGGGACGUUGGGAAGUACAGAGCCAUGUACAGAUGUGGGGGGGGGAGGUCAUGGGGUCCUCCUUGCAGGCACCCUUGGGACAGGCAGAAACUUCUUGGACAAGUGGGGACCCCGCACCAGCCUGGCCGAGAGUGAGAAUUCCAGAGAGCAAGCCUCAGAGGCUGGGGGUAUGCAAACCUGCGGCCCCAGAAGCAUCAACUCAGGGGUGAGGAGAAGCCCCGUACCCCUGCCCCCGGGGUUCCCUCUGUGACUGCCCACACACUGCGCCCACCUCUUACCCCAGCAGCUGCUCUGCACUGCCUUGAGCUGGGACCCCUGCGAAAAUGAAAUGAAACCCCCAUCAUCUCACAGCAUCUGGGAUCCACUGUCCUCAAAGACCAAAAGCUGAGAGGCCAGAAGGACUGUCUGGGCUGCAGGUUCAUGCAGAUAAAGCAUCUGCGGCUGUGACCUCUCCCUGUGACCUGCAUCUGCCCUGGACACACGCGCGUGUGACAUCUAAAGGCACCAGUGAUAUCACAGCAUUUGCCUGCGGCCUUGCAGACUGACUGCAGGGUGCUGCCUUCCGUGUUCACACCUCAAUGUGAGCCUUGCAUUUUAGCUCCUGCAGUCCUUGGGCCCAGGGGACAGGGAAGGAGGUGUGCUUGAGCCCAGGGCAAGCUGGUGAGAGGGAAGGGCCACCAGGCCAGGGACUGAAGAAGCAUUGGGGACAGUCUUUCCAAAACUUUCCCCAAAGCUAGGGCGGUAACAUAGAGUAAGGAAGGGUCCUUGCUGGUGCUUUUCUGGGGAGGCAGCCUGAGGUGUGAGGGAGCUCCACAAGUUAAUAAGCAGGGCAGUGGGUGACAAGGUUCCCUUGCUCAGCGGAGCCUUCGCCAGGGCAAGUGGGUGACAGCAGCUCAUGGUUAACUCGGGACCCCUCUGUCUGAACUGUCAGAAGGUCAGAGGAGUUGGAAUUUGUAUCUCCUUGUAGGAAGAUACUUUGGGCACCUCCAUGGAAGGAGCCCGGGACAUGGAGCGGUGUGUCUUGAAACGUCUGUAUGGUCUUUGAGGCCCAUUUCACAGCCAAGAAAGAGCUACAGUAGCAAUUAUUUCUUAUGUAUCUACUUUGUGCUAGGAAUUGGGCCAGGUGUCUGGGCAUACAGAAAUGAAUGAGGUUGUGUAUCAGUCAGUCUGGGCUAGGCUGUGCUGUGUAAACAAACAAACCCAAAAUCACAGUGGCUGAAAACAGCUAGGGUUUAUUCUCACCAGAGUCAUAUGUCUGUCACAGACUGGCAUUGGAGCUUUGCUCGCGGUACUUACGGAGGGACACAGGCUCCUAAAGAUCCUCCAUCUCCUGUUGUGGAUCAUUGGGUUGGAGAUAAAAAGAGAGCUCUUGGGGGCCUCCCGCUUGAGAUCAGAACUCAUUGGCCAGAACUAGCCAUGCGCUGCACUCACCCUCAAGGGGCUGGGCAGUGCAAGCCUACACUGUGCCAGGAAGGAGGCAAGCCAGAAGCAUCGGCGACAGCCACGACAGCUCCACAGUAAGACUUCUCAGGUUAGUGAGCGGCAGACCAGUUAGCGGGCAAUCCCAUGAGGGCAACAUAAUGCGGAAGGUGCUAUGGGAGGACACAGAAAGGAAGAGUGAUCCAGUCGUGGGAAGGCUUCCUGGAGGAGGGGACAUGGAAAUGGUGCGUGCCAGUCAUGUAAAUGGGGGAGAAUGGAAUUUGGAAGGUAAGAACAAAGGUGAUUCUAAGCAGAAAGGGCAGUCUGGGCAAAGGCCAGGUGGUCAGACACAGCAUGCUGCUGAAGUCGCCCAAAGUUGCUGGAGCAUGAGGGGUGGAGACCAGGUGGCCAGAACUAGGGUGGCAGCGAGGCUCCCACACAGCAGCAGGUACCAGCAGGGCUGAGAAGCAGAAGGGAGCAAAGCCCCCAAGGACCAAGCAUGGCGCUGACUCCCCGUACUGCUCAGCAUGCUGCAUUCACCCGUCCGACUGCUGCACCUGCUCUAGACCCGCCAUGCUCUGCGGCUGCAGUUUCUACCUCUAGACCCUGGACCUGUGCUUCUGCAGUGGUUUCUGAAGGUCACCUGUGUCAGGAGCACCUGGGGAGCUCCCUCAGAUCCCCAUUCCGAGUGCUACCUGGGCCUCCCAAAAGUGAGCUCGAGGGUGGGUGCUGGGAUUUUAAAGAUGCUCAGGUGAUUUUGCCCCUGUCUUAUGAUCAUUUUCAAUCAUGCACGUGCGCGCACGCACACACACACACACACAAAUGAAAAAGGAAGUUGUACCCACCACCUACAUCCAACAGUUACUCCCAUUUUGCCUUAUUUGCUCAUGUGCACACGUGUGUGUGUGUGUGUACGUGUGUGGACCAUUCAGGAGUAACAGCAGACACCACGUACUUCGCCUCUAAAUACCUCAGCUGCAUCGCCAGACAACAAGAGUAUUCUCCUCCGUGACUUCAAUGCCAUUUUCACAUUUGAGAAAAUAUUAACAGUAAUUGAAUAAUA